UUUAGAUCAACUACAUGGAUUUGGACCUCAGGUCGUCUCAAGAAUCACGGCUUCGCCUGGGCUUCAGGUGCUGAAUUCGUGGGUCUCAACUGGUCUCACACCGGCGGGAAUCAUCGACCACAACCAGACAACCGAGAGGGGAACGAGGAAUGUCUAGGGGUUCUCAACAACGUCUACGACGACGGCAUCAAGUGGCACGACAUCGCCUGCCACCACGACAAGGCCAUCAUCUGCGAGCGCAAUGUCAGAGUCCACGGAUGAACACAGAUACACAUACACAAACGCAGAGAUGCACAUACAUCAAUGUGUAGUGUAUGUAUUUAUAUAUAGAUAUAUGAUAAGCCCAAUACUAACUUAUUCAUAAACACUGUAUGAACCUA